AUGGCUACUAACAUUACAUGGCAUCCAAACUUGACCCACAAUGAGCGUAAGGAGCUCACGAAGCAGUCUGGUGUUACUAUUUGGCUCACUGGGUUGUCUGCAUCUGGUAAGAGUACCAUUGCAUGUGCCCUUGAGCAGUACCUCUUGAAGAAUGGUGUUUCCGCUUACCGUCUGGACGGUGACAACAUCCGUUUUGGUUUGAACAAAGAUUUGGGAUUCACUGAGGCUGAUAGAAACGAAAACAUCCGUCGUAUCUCGGAGGUGUCCAAGUUGUUUGCCGACUCCACCGCUGUUGCAAUCACUUCGUUCAUUUCCCCAUACAAGGCUGAUAGAGACAGUGCUAGAAAGUUGCACGAGGAGUCCAACUUGCCAUUCGUUGAGGUGUACGUCGAUGUUCCACUUGAAAUUGCCGAACAGAGAGACCCAAAGGGACUGUACAAGAAGGCCAGACAAGGCAUCAUCAAGGACUUCACUGGUAUCUCUGCUCCAUAUGAGGCUCCAGAGAAGCCAGAGAUCCACUUGCACACUGAUAAGACCACCGUUGAGGAAAGUGCAAACAUCAUUGUUGAAUACUUGAAGUCCAAAAAGUACAUUUGA